CUAUCUAAUGGUGUUUUUUUUCCCCCCACAAUUAGGUGUGUUGUGUGGACUGGUGAUGAACGGGUCUUUUUCUACAAUCCUACCACUCGUCUCUCUAUGUGGGACAGACCAGAAGACCUGAUUGGAAGAGCUGACGUUGAUAAAAUUAUACAGGAGCCUCCACAUAAAAGAGGAUUAGAGGAUGACAAGAAAUAUUUCAAAGAAGAUCACGAAUCUGCAGACGAUGGGAAUGACGAUGAGCCAGUGAAAGCAAAAAAGAGAAAGAAAGAGGAGACAGAAUCUGAAAAAGAAACGACAAUGGAUGCUGAAAUUAAAGCAGCUCGAGAGCGAGCAAUUGUUCCCCUGGAUGCUCGAAUGAAGCAGUUUAGAGAUAUGUUGCUUGAGAGAGGGGUGUCAGCGUUUUCAACCUGGGAAAAGGAGCUUCACAAGAUUGUGUUUGACCCUCGUUAUUUACUUCUUAACCCUAAGGAGAGGAAACAGGUGUUUGAUCAGUAUGUGAAAACCAGGGCAGAGGAGGAGCGGAGAGAGAAGAAAAACAAGAUUAUGCUGUCAAAGGAAGACUUUAAGAAAAUGAUGGAGGAAGGCAAGGUUAAUACAAGAAUGACCUUUAGUGAAUUUGCAGCCAAACAUGCCAAAGAUCUCCGUUUUAAAGCCAUUGAAAAAAUGAAAGAUCGAGAAACCUUAUAUGGUGAAUUUAUGGUAGCGGCAAGAAAGAAAGAGAAGGAAGAUUCCAAAAACAAAGGAGAGAAGGUGAAAAAUGACUUCUUUGAGCUGUUAGCAAAUCACCAUUUAGAUGCACAGUCUCGAUGGAGCAAAGUAAAAGACAAAUUUGAGGGGGAUCCCAGAUACAAGGCUGUAGAGAGCUCCUCGGCCCGAGAAGAACUUUUCAAACAGUACAUCGAAAAGUUGGUGAAAAAUUUGGAUACUGAAAAAGAAAAGGAGCUAGAAAGGCAGGCUCGUAUUGAGGCCAGUUUACGGGAACGAGAACGGGAGGUGCAGAAAGCCAGAUCUGAACAGACCAAGGAGAUUGAUAGAGAGCGAGAGCAGCACAAGCGGGAGGAAGCCAUCCAGAAUUUUAAAGCCCUCCUGUCUGAUAUGGUUCGAUCUUCAGACGUUUCGUGGUCAGACACCAGAAGGACGUUACGAAAAGAUCACAGAUGGGAAUCUGGUUCACUACUUGAAAGAGAAGAAAAAGAAAAACUUUUCAAUGAGCACAUUGAUGCUCUUACAAAGAAGAAGCGAGAACAUUUCCGACAGCUCCUGGAUGAAACGUAUACAAUUACUUUAACUUCAACUUGGAAAGAAGUUAAGAAAAUUAUAAAAGAUGACCCUCGGUUUAUAAAGUUUUCUUCCAGUGAUCGGAAAAGGCAAAGAGAAUUUGAAGAAUAUAUCCGAGAUAAGCACAUAACUGCCAAAGCUGACUUCCGGACGCUUUUGAAGGAAACAAAAUUUAUUACAUACAGGUCAAAGAAAUUAGUUCAAGAAUCUGACCAGCAUCUAAAGGACGUUGAAAAGGUUCUUCAAAAUGACAAACGCUACCUAGUACUUGACUGCAUUCCCGAGGAGAGACGUAAACUUAUUGUGUCCUAUGUAGACGAUCUUGAUAGACGUGGCCCACCGCCUCCACCAACUGCCUCAGAGCCUGCACGAAGAACCACAAAAUAACGGGACAUCCCCUACUUAAAUAUAUGUCCAUUCAUACCAACUGUUCAUAACAACUGCAUGAGCAACACCGCAAGGUUUGUCUUGGGUAAUUAUCCUAAAAGCAACUGCAAAAGAAAAGCAAAACAAAUAACUUCAUGUACACAAGG